AUGGCCUGGACAUCCAUGAAAGGCACCCUUAAGAUUCCUGCCAUUCCAAGGAGAGUUUCAUCGAUAUUAUCUCCCGUGGAUCCCACCGACAGCCGUAAUGGAAAUAAUGAAAUCUACUCACAAAAUGAUUCCACUCAAUCCAAGAAAGGAGUCGUACCACAAUCUGAAACGGCAUCUUCUUCAAAUAAUUCAAAAGUAUCCAAGACAAAUCCAGCGAAAACUCGACCGAGAAAAAGAAGCAGCCCCAAAACCCCUCCAAGUGAUACUCAUCAGCAGGAUUCAAGCGACGUGAUACAAGAAGAUUUAAAAGACCCUGAUAUGCAAUCAGUUGUUCCGUCCAGGACAAGAAAUAGAUCAGGGUCUCCUCUCGCUGGAUCAGCCACAGAUCUAUCUCGAAGAUCCAAUCCUUCAAAGGCUCCAACCACACAAGAUACUUAUUCCGAAAUAAGAACGAAUAGAGCUAUUCUGCCUGAACCACAAUUUACUGGAAACAAACCCAAGGAGAUUGCUAGAUGGGGAAAGGAGAUGACUCUCAAAAAUGAAGCUGUCAUUAGGCCUGUUAAAGACCUUUAUUCUUCAGAUUCCAAGUCCUCAAAUUGGAAUCAUGAUGAUCCUAUUGACAAUUCAUCAAGCGAAAGACAAUCAGGAAAACUUGCCAAAGAUCCCAGUUCUAAUUCCAACACUUCGCACAUUUCUGGAUCUGUUAGUAAUUCAUUGGGCGAGUCUUCCACCAGUGUUCACGGUAUAUCAAGUAUCAAACUCAUCGAAGAUCUUUUCUCCUCUGAUUCGGUGUCACUGGAAUCAGAGAAAGAGUAUAAGGUUCAACUGGCUAAAAAAUCUCCCAAAAUGUUCAGGAGGGAGUUAUCCUCUGACCCUGAAAUGGCUUGGACAUCUUCUAGAGGAAUUCCUCCAAUCUCAAGAAGAAUGUCAAGUACAUUAUCACCAAGUGGUUCUGCCUUACCCGAAGAAACAACUAAAUGUGAUUCAAUUGAUGCUGAUGUAAUAAACCUACAGAUCACAACUCAACCUGGAGAUUCGUAUUCUAAAACUGCUCCCAACGAAGGCAUGGUACCGAAAUCUAAGUCAAUAAGGAAUAGAUUCAAGAGCCCCACGAAUGCUGUUGCUAACCCGGAUACCAAGUCAGUAGGCCCCACUAAUGAAAGAAGCAGGUCAAAUUCGCCUGUUUUAGCAUCAAAACCAGCUUCUUCACGAAGACCCCGGCGGUCAUUUGGUUCGCCACCUUUUGAAUCUUACGAUGAAUCUGAUGCUUCAAAAUCAGAAAUAGGGGCAAGAAUAACUCCUAGUCCAAGAUUGAAGAAAUCCCCCCAUAGUCAAAUGCAAGUUUUCAUCCCAAAGCAAAAGAAAAAGCUGUCAGCAAAAAUGCAGAAUUUAUCUCCAGAAAAUGCCAAAGAUGAUGAUAUUGAUGUACCAAAAAAUGCCAACGAAAAUGAUUAUAAGACUGAAGUACCGAAACGUAAUAGCAAAAUUCGUGUUCCAUCUAGUGGAGCUAGAUUACCUUCAACAACAUCAAAGCCGAAAGUUGUAGUUCCUCGGCCAGUGAGCAGUAGAAUGUCUUCACCUUCCAAGUCCACUAAUAAGGAUCCAACAACAUUAUCUGCUCGUAACAGUAAUGGGAACUCAUCGAGAAGUUCCAACCUAUCUGGGAAACCACAUCCUUCAAAAGCAAAAUCACCGCAGAUGACGGUUGUCAUUCCAAAACUAAAACAGGGCGAAAGAGUGAAAGGAAGUGGACCAUCACCAUCGCCGAAGUCUAAAAUUAAAAAUGGAUCAGCUAUUGCACAAACUAGUAGGAAUAAAGAACCUAUCAGAAAUCCCUGCUCUACUCCGCCACUGACAAUAUUGGGCCAACCACUUCCAACUGCUAGUUCUGAUUCUACCGAGAAGGGAAACGUGACCCCUUCAGCGCAUCACUAUAGAGGUAGGACGUCUCCAAGAAUUGCACUACCUACUCAAUCUUCAACAACGUCUCCUUCAAAAUCUCACCAGACGAGCUCUAUUAUACCCAAGCCAAAGGUUGCUCACGCAGGAAUCAGAUUAUCCCCGGGUAUAAAAUCUUUGAUCUCUUCAACGAAAUUACAAGCACCUCCAUCAAAAUCACCUCAGAUGAACUUCAAGUCACGGUGGGACCCUACAGUCAAGAAUUCUAGGGGGUCCCCUGAUGUCAGACCAUUUAGUCCCUCGUUAAAAACAGAGAGGCUUCCUUCGAAAUCACCUCAGAUAAAAUUCAAGCCACGGUGGGACCCUACAGGCAAGAAUUCUAGAGAUUCCCACAAAACCAGAUCGCCAAGUCCUUCAUCGAAGGUUCAGGUGACUCCAUCAAAAUCACCUCAGAUGAACUUCAAGUCACGCUGGGACCCUACAGUCAAGAAUUCUAGGGGAUCCCCUGAUAUCAGAUCAUUUAGUCCCUCGUUAAAAACAGAGAGGCCUCUUUCGAAAUCACCUCAGAUAAAAUUCAAGCCACGGUGGGACCCUACAGGCAAGAAUUCUAGGGGAUCCCCUGAUAUCAGAUCAUUUAGUCCCUCGUUAAAAACAGAGAGGCCUCCUUCAAAAUCACCUCAAAUGACGUUCAAGCCACGGCGGGACCAUUCAUUAAAAAGUAGAAACGAAUCUCUAAAAUCCGAAUCACGUAGUUCCCAGGAGUGGUCAACAAAAAUUAUUAGAUCACAAACGAGAUCACCUAAAAUGAAGAUCAUGGUCCCAAAGCUGAGACAAAGUCCUGAACGAGAUAGAAAGCUUCUCUCUCGAACACGGAUAAGUAAUGAUGCUACAUUGAUUUCACAUAACUGUUCCAAUGUAAGAACCCGACCUUUAUCAUUAUCCGUAAGAGCUAGGUCACCAACUCUAAGUCCUGGUCGAUUCAUAGGGGACAGGGUGAGCCCUUCUCAGUUAACCCUCAGGUUAAGAACUCCUUCGCCCAUCAGUGCGAGGGGACCAUGGGAUUCCUCCAUAACAACACCAGAACCUAGAUAUGUGAGGAGUACUUCCCCCUCACCCAUACUAUCUCCGAUCAGUCUACCCCGUGAUAGACACUCCAGCUCAACAAGGUUUUGUACCAGCUGUCCUCCUGUUAGAACCGGACCAGUUCUAUAUACUUACAACUCAUUUGCUAUGGAGCCCAGAGUUCGAUAUAAGUCUCUUGAGGAUCGACCACCAUGGAUAUUGAACUUCAAGCCACGCCCUUUGUUCUCUGUGUUGACGCCUCUUGAUGAUAUGAAGCAUCGUAGAAUGUCCAUCAGAACGGCAGUAAGGCAUGUAAGGAGUCCUACUUAUUACACUUACAGAACGCGUUUUGCUUCUGCCCCAGCGGAAACAAGCUCUUAUCCUAACAGAAACUUGAGGUCCCCAGGUUUGUAGUCUAGUUGCCUUUGAAACUUCACUAUCAAUUAUCUUGUCGAUUUCCUGGGCGGUUCUUACUAUACCUUUUCUUUGCGAUAUAAACAUGAGCCGGUAACAAUUGCCACUUUACCCCAGUUCCAGUGAAUAAGACAGCGGCCCUGCCUCGUUAUGAUGAGAGUGAGACUGACAGUUCGGUACAGGACCGUGAGGAUCUGAUUAAAUUAGCUGAGGAGGAAGUU